AUGCGCAGCGCUACCGAAUGCGAUGAGAUGAAUGAGCCAGAGUGCGUUUGGAGUGACGAGGUCUACCGCCCCAUCCUCUCGUGGGUCCUGAGACCGAAUGAUAAUGAAUCUGGGCUUGUUGACUUUCGCUGCAGCACCUCCAGCAGAAUCUCUCGCAGAUUCAGCCCGCGCACCUCAACAUCAAAGAUGGUGGAUUUCUGUACCAUAUUCAAGCCUCCAACGGGUAGUCAUCCAGCACGACGCAUUGAUGAGAUUUGUAGAACCCGGCCCGGCAGGUCCAUCAACCACAGUGACGCAGGAGCUCUUUGCACCUACCCCGUCGGGUUGUCCCUCGAAUUUAAGAGCCCCGGCGCGGACGUCGUCAAGGCAAUGGUGCAGAUCGGCGCAUGGCACGCAGCUCAGUGGCGAAGUUUGUGCCUUGACUGCCCCGACUCAUCAACCCGGGCCAUCGAGUUCCUUCCAGGCAUAAUUGUGCAGGGCCAUGAGUGGUACUUCGUCGCCACAGUUCCUCCACAGUCACCAAAAGCCGAGGAUACAUCUCCGUUACCUUUUGACCACAUACCGACCCUCUACUCCAGGAUAUUGAUGGGGUCAACGGAACAUACCAAGGGGUUAUGCAGGAUUGUUGCAGCCCUGCGGCUUUUGGUGACCUGGCUGGAAGAAAGGUACUGGCCGGCAUUCAAGCAGCAAGUGCUCCUGCUAGAUUAUCUCGCGCCAGCAACUUAG